AUCAAAACACGAUCAUUUUUAAUCAGUCUUCAUAUAAAUACUGCGUCAAAACAAACACACAUACACAAUCUAUUAAAAAGUCUAUUAAGCGGUGUAGUGGUGAAAAAUUAUAAUGAUUAGGAGCGUUUUCGUAUUAGCAAUAGCUUUGGCUAUAGCUACCGGUGACUCCGAUGACACAACUCCGAGCUUCCAUAGAAAUGGCGAGUUCAACAGAUAUUAUUUAUACAACAGCCGAGUGAACGGCCAGCAAAUGAGCUUGACCACUCAGAGUUCUGACAUCAUACAGGGGGUGACCACGGUUGUGAUUGUGCACGGUCAUGAGGAAUCCUAUCAGACUUCUCUCAACCCUGACCUGAGAAGAGAACUUCUAGAGAGUCAAAAUGUCAAUGUGAUAGCCGUGGAUUGGUCUAUUAUCGCGUCGUUGUCGUACUCUCUAGCCCAGAACUCUGUGCUCAGUGUCGGCGAGUAUAUGGCUGGCUUCCUGGCCUUGCAGAACAUAAACCCAGCGUCCCUUCAUCUAGUGGGAUUUAACCUUGGAGCUCAUGUGGUUGGCGUCGCUGGCAGGAGACUUGGACGAGUCGCCAGGAUCACAGCACUGGAUCCGUCAAUGAGCAACGUCCGACUGACCAGCACUGACGCGAACUACGUCGAGGUCAUCCACACUGACGGGUCUUCCAACGGCCUGGGCGUUCAGAUCGGCCACGCCGACUUCUUCCCCAACGGAGGCGGUUCCCAGCCUGGGUGCUGGGGCAACGACGCCUGCAGCCACAACAGGGCGUGGCUGUACUUCGUGGCCUCCAUCAGGGAUAACACGUUCAAUGCCAGGUGCUGCAGAACUAUACGCCAGAAGAACUUGGACCGCUGUCGUGGCGCUUAUUUGCCGAUGGGGGGAAAUGAGUUGAUUAAAACGCCAUGUUCUUCUGGAAUCUACCGAGUGAACACCCGCUCCAGUUAUCCCUACUAGUUGAUUAUUAUUGUUAGAAAUUGAAUUAUUGUUGUAAUAAUCGAAAAAUCUAAGCAUAUCAAAAUGUUCUCAGGCCUUGAGAAUUCGUUAUACAUAAUAAAUUAAUCGAAGUUA